AUAUAGCCUUUAUUUUUGAAGCUCCCUUUUGAUCGUGUAAAGGUAAGGCACAAUGGCCACUGCUCAAAACAGAGCACCAAAGGUGCCUGUUUUGCUCUGCUUUUCUAUAUACUUCGCUUUGCUUUCUUUGACCUCCAGCCGGGUUUGCGCCCAAUCAUCACCUGUUUUUGCCUGUGAUACUGGGAGCAAUCCGGCGCUGGCGAGCUUCGGGUUCUGUGACAAGUCGUUGGCGAUUGAUCUGAGAGUGGCGGACUUGGUGAAGAGGCUCACAUUGCAGGAGAAGACUCUGUUCUUGGUGAAUACAGCAGGGAGUGUGAGUAGGCUUGGGAUUCCGAAAUAUGAGUGGUGGUCUGAAGCUCUUCAUGGAGUAUCUUACGUGGGUCCGGGGACACGGUUUUCCAAUGUGGUACCUGGAGCUACAAGCUUUCCUCAGGUUAUUCUCACUGCGGCUUCAUUCAAUACUUCUCUGUUCGAAGCCAUUGGAAGGGUAGUUUCGACGGAAGCAAGAGCAAUGUACAAUGUGGGACUAGCAGGCUUGACAUAUUGGUCACCAAAUAUUAACAUUUUUCGAGACCCCAGAUGGGGAAGAGGCCAGGAGACUCCUGGAGAAGACCCAUUGCUGUCGAGUAAAUAUGGAUCAGGUUACGUAAGAGGUCUUCAACAAAAAGAUGAUGGUGACACAAAUGGACUUAAGGUUGCUGCAUGUUGCAAACACUAUACAGCCUAUGAUUUGGACAAAUGGAAAGGGGCCGACCGGUACCAUUUCAAUGCUGUGGUAACACAGCAGGAUUUGGAUGAUACAUUUCAACCACCAUUCAAGAGUUGUGUUAUUGAUGGCAAUGUUGCCAGCGUCAUGUGUUCCUACAACCAGGUUAAUGGUAAGCCAACCUGUGCAGACCCGGACCUCCUCGCCGGAGUCAUCCGAGGCCAAUGGAAAUUAAAUGGAUACAUAGUUUCGGAUUGUGAUUCAGUAGACGUGUUCUACAAUUCCCAACACUACACCAAGACACCAGAGGAGGCUGCAGCCAAAGCUAUAUUGGCAGGAUUGGAUCUCAACUGUGGAUCUUUCCUAGGCAAACACACAGAAGCUGCUGUAAAAGGAGGACUUCUUGCUGAGGCAGCUGUUGACAAGGCCAUCUCAAACAAUUUUGCUACUCUAAUGCGACUUGGGUUCUUUGAUGGUGACCCAAGCAAGCAACUUUACGGCAAACUAGGUCCAAAAGAUGUGUGUACGCCAGAGCACCAGGAACUGGCCCGUGAAACUGCUAGGCAAGGGAUAGUGCUGCUUAAGAACAGUCCAGGGUCUCUGCCUUUGUCUCCUACUGCCAUCAAAUCCUUGGCAGUAAUUGGCCCCAACGCCAAUGUCACAAAAACCAUGAUUGGAAACUAUGAAGGCACGCCAUGCAAAUACACAACUCCUUUGCAAGGUCUGACAGCCUCAGUCGCGACAACUUAUCAACCCGGCUGCUCGAAUGUGGCCUGUGGCACUGCACAGGUAGAUGAUGCUAAGAAAAUAGCAGCCUCAGCAGAUGCCACUGUACUUGUAGUGGGUGCAGAUCUAUCUAUCGAAGCAGAGGAUCGUGACAGGGUCGACCUCAAUCUUCCAGGUCAACAGCAACUUUUAGUAACAGAAGUUGCAAAGGCAUCUAAGGGACCAGUAAUUCUUGUUAUAAUGUCUGGAGGGGGCAUGGAUGUCUCAUUUGCAAAAAGUGAUGAUAAAAUCACAAGCAUCCUAUGGGUUGGUUACCCUGGACAAGCUGGAGGAGCUGCCAUAGCUGAUGUAAUUUUUGGGUAUUUUAAUCCAAGUGGAAGACUACCGAUGACAUGGUAUCCGCAAUCAUUCGCAGACAAGGUCCCCAUGACAAACAUGAACAUGAGACCCGAUCCUUCCACCGGCUACCCUGGCCGGAGCUACAGGUUCUACACCGGCGAAACCGUUUAUUCCUUUGGAGAUGGAUUAAGCUAUUCCAGUUUCAAACACCACCUAGCUCAAGCACCUAAGCUAGUUUCCAUUCCCUUAGAAGAGGGCAACAUUUGUCACUCCUCAAGAUGUAAGUCAUUAGAUGUUGUUGAACAAAGUUGUCAAAACUUGGGUUUUGAUAUACAUCUGAGAGUUAAAAACAUGGGAACGAUGGGUGGAAGCCAUACUGUUUUCUUAUUCUCUUCUCCUCCAUCAAUGCACAACUCCCCCCAGAAGCACUUGCUGGGAUUUGAGAAGGUCAUCUUGCCGGCGCGAACGGCAACCCUGGUCAGGUUCAAGGUGGAUGUUUGCAAGGACUUGAGUGUGGUUGAUGAGCUUGGAAGCCGGAAAAUUGCCUUGGGACAACAUGUGCUUCAUGUUGGGAGCUUGAAACACUCAUUGAGUGUGAGGAUUUGAAUCAAAUCACCAAUUACUCUGCAUUUCAAAUGAAAAUUGAGCUGAUUAAGGCAUUUCAAAAUGGAAAAAUGAACUAUGAAUAAGCUGAGAGGGUUGUAACAGUUCUCUCAACAAUUUCAUAUAGCCAAAUUGUUCAGAAUCAAAUUUUGGAAAUCCAAAUGAACAUUUGUGUUUU